GUCCGUCAUACUUCUGCGUGAUCGGCACCCAACUUGCCCCGCAUAUGGCAUCAAUAUGCUGCGAUACCCCGCGGAUAUGGCGUGAUUUAAUAGCAAACGUGUGAAUACAGUGCAUAUACACUACCUUAUAGUUUGUAUGUCAAACUUUUCUUGUACGUAUCAUCUGCCGUGCGCGGUCUUAAUUCGGAGCUUCAAAGUGACCAUCAACUAAGAAGACUAUCAUCUUGACAUCAUUCUAGCGUAGAGCAGUAAGAUGACCACUGUUAGGCAAAAUCAAAAGGACGACGUCGAUAUCGUCGACGUCGAGAGUGGCCACCAUCCAGCAAAUACAUCGUCAGCGCUCUCAGGAAGCCGUGUUAAGAUACCAUUCCGCCGGUCCACUCUAUUUCAGAUCCUCGUUGUGGGGAUCUGCGCCUUUUGCGCACCAGGCAUAUGGAGCGCAAUGAAUGGCCUGGGGGUAGGCGGCUCGCAAUCGCCAGAUCUAGUCAACGCUGCCAACGCGCUCCUCUACGCGUUCAUGACAGUGACCUGCUUCCUAGGGCCGUGGGUUACGAAUGCGAUCGGAUUCAAAUACACUCUUGCAAUCGGGUCUUUGGGUUACCCUUUGUACGCUGCUGGCCUAUAUGUCAACAACAGGUUUGGUGACGAGUGGUUUGUGUAUGUCGGCGCGGUAGCAUGUGGCAUCAGCGCAGGUUUUUUCUGGAGCGUCGAGGGAGCAAUUGCAACCGGAUAUCCUGAGAGCCACAAGCGCGGCAGAUAUAUCGCAACAUGGUUCACUUUCCGCAACUUUGGCAACAUUAUCGGUGGCGCCGUUUCGCUCGGAAUCAACCACAAGGUCAAUCAUCGAGGUAAGGUGGGAUAUCAGACCUAUUGGGGAUUUAUUGCCAUACAAUGUCUGGGAUUCUUCUUUGGACUCCUGCUUUCGAACCCGGAGAAAGUCGUCCGUGACGAUGGAACAACAAUCAAAGCACCGAGGGGCAUUGGCUGGAGGGUUGAAGGGAAAGAGAUGUGGACACUACUGAGAAGCCGCCCUAUUUUGUUGUUGAUACCAUUGUUCUGGUAUUUCGGUUGGAUUCAAGCGUAUCCUGGGACUUAUCUCGCAACGUAUUUUACCGUGCGCUCGCGAGCUUUGGGAAGCUUCAUGUCGGCAGUCGUAGGCACGCUUGCUACGUGGCUUGGAGGCUCCCUUGUUGAUCUUCCCUGGCACAAAAGCAGGCAGGUCAGAGCCGUGGUCACGUACGCCUUGAUUGCAUCUCUCAACUCUGCGACCUGGAUAUGGGCGGUCUAUAUCCAAAAUGAGUAUCGGCAGACACGGCCAGUACUCGAUUGGGGCGAUCAGAAGUCUUUUGGUCGAGGUUUUGGCGUAUACAUGUUUGAGCGCAUCAGCCUGGGCAUGGUGGAGAAUUACAUUUACUGGUGUAUUGGCAACCUGUCAGACUCUCCUGGGGAUCAAAUUCGGUACAGCUCUCUAUUGCGAGGAAUCGAGACAGCUGGCGUGGCAGUCGGUUUUGGGGUACAGGCUGUCCCAACAACUCUUAUUGCGACAGCGAGCAUCAAUUGCGGCCUGUGGUUCUUCGCACUACCCUUCAGUUAUUUUGCGACCAGGCAAGUGGUGGCGAAAUUCGACAAACUUGAACAGGCAAGAGCUUGAGUCUUUUGGGCAGUGCAGCUUACCGUCUGCACAUGCAGCCGCGAAUAGUGCAGGUCAGAGGUGGGUGUGACGCACCGGUGUGUGCGGGGAGUGGAGCGAGCGCUGACGUCUGCACUCGGAUGACAACUGUGGGGAACUAGGAUGAUGAAGAAUGAAUCAUAUUGUGUAGUUCUAU